UACUCCUCGCUCAGGCUCGCUCGGCAAUCGGAGACCGAUCGUCUCCCCUUUGCUUCUGCCCCAUUUCGCCAUUUGGUCAUUCAGCCAUUUUUCAUCGUUGUGACUUCCGGUUUCCUCCCUUCGCGCCUACGAUUCAUUUACCACGUGCGACCCGGUCAAGAUACGCUUUUGAGUUUCCAGUGCGUCCCUCUGCCAUCGGAAACGACGGAAGGCAGCAGCUACACGCCGUAGAAGUGCACAGGGGUUCGGGGGGUGACUUCCUAUCGAAGAUUCACAUACAUCUCUCUCUCUCUCUCUCUCACUCGUUCAGCCGCCAUGUCUCAUUCUCCUUGUGAAAGUAGCGCCGGUAAGCGAGAUCGGUAAAAGGCGAAUAGAAGGAAGAAGGAAAUCGAAUGGUGCCGAUGCCGGUAUUCUGGUGCUCGUCUGGUGCUCUGGUGCUCUUGGUGGUGGGGACACUCGAGGAGUUCAGUAGUGGGGGUAGAGUAACACUCAAAGAUCCAAGUGACGUACUUCUGGCAGCAACGUGCGCCGCGUUUUUGCCCCUUCCGACCAAGAGGCUCCGAGAUUCGUUUGCCGAGAGAGAUCCUGUCACCGACUUCCUAUCAGGAUCCUCUGACUUCCUGUGACCCACCGUGACCUGUGACCAAUCGUAAGGUCGUCGUCAACCUCAGUGAUCGAAGCUUCGCAGGAAGUACCCCAGUACCGGUUAGUCUUCGACAGUUCUCCUCCUCCUCUGCUUCUAUCCCUAUGCUUAUUCCACUGGAUCUCUUAACUCUCCUCAAUCUCCACUUCCGGUCCUCUUCCCGAACCGUCCUUCCCUCCUCGUAUCGACGCGUCUCCUGCCGCGUCCACACUGGACUUUCGGUACUCUCGUGAAUAGGAGCCAUGACGUUUCGCCCUGGAGCGACGUCGCGCUCACUAGUGCUCGUCGUCCGCGGAGAGGAAGAAGCGUCGCCAGGGACUGGCACGCUGGUUCUCUAGUUGGUGUCGAUCCGUCCGAGUAAACGGAAGACGGCGAGUGCGUCGAGAGUCGUGCUCCUUGGAAGAUCAAGGGGAUCGGAUCAGCUGGUGAGAAGAGAAGCAAGAAGCAAGGAGAGUCCGGAGUAGCAGCAGGCAAGGGGAGGUGGAGGAGGAGGAGGAGGAGAAGAAGGAGGUGGAGGAGAAGAAUCAAUCGAAUUGGGCAGCCCUGCUCAAUCGAGGGCAUAAUCGAGACACUUGGCUCCGCGAGAGGGAGGGCCGGGAGGGGAUGGAGAUGCGCCCCGUUCUCGUUGCGAUCUGCCUUCUCCUCGUCACCCCCAUCACCGGCUCUUUCUGGACCGUUGGCAGCCAGGUGGUGAUGGAUCCGAUGCUCAUAUGCAAAAAGACGAGAAGACUCAAAGGUAAAUUGGCAGACAUUUGCCGGAAGGAGCCAGCGCUCCUGAAGGAGAUCGCCAAGGGUGUCCAGGUGGGCACGAGGGAGUGUCAGUACCAGUUCAGGAACCGCAGGUGGAAUUGUACGACGGUACGAAGAUCCCUAAGGAAGAUUUUACUACGUGAUACCAGAGAAACGGGAUUCGUGAAUGCUAUUACGGCAGCCGGCGUGACCUAUGCCGUGACCAAAGCCUGCACUAUGGGUGACCUCGUGGAAUGCUCCUGCGAGAAGACGUCGAGUAAGGGAAAUCGCUUGAGCAAAAUCACGCGGAAUGCCGAGCGAAAUAAAAAUGUCCCCACGGAGGGCGAGUGGGAGUGGGGCGGAUGCGGGGAUAACGUGAAUUUUGGAUUUAAAAAAUCGCGGGACUUUAUGGACGCGCCUUACAGAAAACGCAGCGACAUUAAAACACUCGUCAAACUCCACAACAACGACGCCGGACGUCUGGCCGUCAAAAAAUUCAUGAGAACCGAAUGCAAGUGUCACGGACUCUCCGGCUCCUGCACGGUCCGCACCUGCUGGAGAAAGAUGCCCAACUUCCGGGAGGUUGGCAACAGGCUCAAGGAGUCUUUCGACGGUGCGGCUAAGGUCAUACCCACGAACGACGGACACAGCUUCAUCACGGAAGGACCCACGAUCAAACCACCCAGCAAAGUCGAUCUGGUCUACAGUGAGGAUUCGCCUGAUUUCUGCAAACCCAACAGAAAGACCGGAUCCCUUGGUACCCAGGGUAGACAGUGCAACUCGACCAGUCCAGGGGUCGAAGGUUGUGAACUCCUCUGCUGUGGACGAGGUUACGACACCAAGGUGGUCAAGGAAAAGGUCAACUGUCAGUGCAGGUUCCAAUGGUGCUGCGAGGUCACGUGCAACACAUGCGUCGUUAAGAAUUCUGUCAACACGUGUCGCUAGUUCAUCCCACCCUCCACCUCUCGGCUCAUCAUCAUCCCCCUUGGGCUAAUCAUAAGAUACCCUGUCGCACCGUACUAUAACCUAAUAAUUCAUCGUCGAUCCAACCCUAUAACCCAUUGUCAUCGAAAUGCUACUGAUUGUGAUUUAUGUUGUACUUCUCUUGUGGUAAUAAUCAUUAUUAUUGUCUCUAGGCUUAACCGACUCUGACGGAGACGCACGAAGACUCACGGAGAGUCGCGAGAAUGUCGAGAGAAAGGGAAUGUGUGAAUGCGCGUAUGAGUCCUUAUAUGAAUCUCGAAAACACAAGUAGGCGUAGUAGGAAGUUUGCGUAUUUCUCUCGUGUCGCAUGGAUGUUCACUCUCGUGGGCUUGGUCCGCCGGUGCCACAGCUCACAGCGGUGCCAUAUAACUCGAAGCUUUCCACGUAUCUCGACGGAGCAGAGAACACGUGAAUCUGCCCGUAUGUAUAUCCUAUGUAUAACGUAUGUGCAUCGAGAUUCGGCUUCUUUUUCAAUUAGACAGCUGGAAGGGCGCGGCUGAAACGCGAUACCCUGUGGGUACAAUUAAUGUCAUUUUAUUGAAAUUAAAUUUUGACAAUAUAUAUAUAUAUAUAUAUAGUCGCUUAGCACGUACCGCGAUGACAUUUUACUCUCCGUCUUCUGUACAUAAGACUGAUACUUUACUCUCUAGUGUAUUAUCGCGAUUCUUUCUUUACCUACGUACUUACUAUCGUUACUCGUGAUCUUUUCUAUUUUUAUUCGGAUCCUCGUUAUUAACACAGCAUCAGCCUUUAUUGCAAUAAUGUAUUCGUUAUAUAUUACUACAUUGAUCGAAUAUCAGAAUUUCACGUACAUUCUUAUGGUAUAUUGACUUAAUUAUAAAUUAUCAGCCUCAGCCUGCGAUUGCCGUUGCCCACCCUAUAUUAUAAAUAUAUAUAUAUUAUAUUAUGUUAUAUUAAAUAUAUUAUAUGAUUUGCGUCAGUGGAGAUUGCACUGCGAUGAAUAUAUAUAUACACAUAUAUU